AUGUCGAUCAGCGAGACCACCGCCACCCUCCUCAAACGCCGUGACGUCCAAGGACAGAUCAUCACCUGGAACCUCGACGACGAUGCCCCGGGUGCACGCCAGAUCGCACACGGCCCUGGCCCAGACGUAGGCGAGGAGCUGAUCGACGCCGUCAUUGAGGCUCUGGAAGACUAUAUAAUGGAAGACACCAUGGUGCAAUCCCUGGCAAUGUCCACCGAUUGGGCGACAAUCGUUAUCGACGAUUUCCGGGGUAUGUUCGGAAGUCAUACGUUGAAGAUGAUGGCAAAUGAGGACAAGGCAGGUCGACCCUUAUCUCAACCAAGUGAUCGAGAGACAUUGGACGAUUCUGAAUCCACUGGGCCACCCGACGACCCGCCUCAAGCAAACCCGAACGAGCUCAAAGGGUAUAUCGCAACAUACAAUGUGUCUCCUGGAGCGCCUGGACCGCAUAGCCGUGGGAUCGAAGUCGACAACUUAUGGAAUCUCCGAGCUCUUGUGGCAGAGCUGAAGAAUGUCAAGGACAAGGGAGUCAUCGUGAGCGUUAUGUAUAACUGCGAGACCGCCAUUAUCACCGUAGACGCGCCGAACGGUCUGUGA